AUGGGCAAAAGGACGCUUCUUUUGCUAGAUCUGAAUGGGGUGCUGUUUUACUGCCCAGCCUCGUCGAUUGUCAGUGCUUCGAUUUUGGAAAAAAAUCCAGGAUCGUGUUUUGUAAACACAGGGUUGAUACUACGGCCCUGGAUCUCUGAAUUUCUUUCCUUCUGCUUCCAGCAUUUUGAGGUGGGCAUUUGGACCUCUUUGCAGGCCAAAAAUGCAUAUCCAAUCAUUGGGAGGAUACUUGGCUCUCACGUUGAGAUUUCCCACUCGGGCCUGAUAUUAGAUUGUGGGCUCGUUGAUGGGGGCAAGAUAUUCCCGGAGAUUUCCCAAAUCAAGGAGCUUGACAAAAUGAGCACGGAGGCAUCCAUGAUCAAGGGGGAAGAGCCCCGAAGUUGCGCACGCAUGCAGAUUUCCAUUCUUCGACACCGAAUGAUGUCGAAAAGCUCGGUAAAAGGACAGCUCUCUUUACUUUGGACCCAAACGAGAUGUACCAUCUCGCACGAUGGCCGCGCUUUUAAGAUGAAAAAAGACCGUCCAUUUAUGCUGAAGGAUCUUUCUUCGCUUUGGAAAGAGGAUGGUGAGUUGCACGCACUGCCGGUCCAUCAGAUAGUUGAGAAAAUCGUUAUUAACCAUCAAGAUGCAUCAUACGUGCUCUCCAGCAAUCCGGUACGGAAAUUCGACGAUCUGAGCGUCUCUGUGCCAUCGAGAUUGGACAUAGCGUCGCGUUGGAGCCCAAAGAACACCGUGCUAAUUGAUGAUUCGGCAUACAAAUUUUCGCAAACACCGCUCAAUGGCAUUCCAGUUUCGUCGUUUGACGAGGAUUCCACAAACGACAACGUCCUGCUGCACUUGAUGCAGUAUUUGGAGAAAGAGGUGAUUGCCCUGUCCAGGGACAAGGAUGACUUUGACAUUCGAGAAAUUUUAAAAGCAAGGCCGUUUUCUGCGUUUACGCCAUUAAAUUGUGUUUAA